GUAAUAAAAUAACACAAAGUUAAUUAAUUGGUUCGUUUAUUUAGUUAUGUUAUAAUCAGAGAUUUUUCGAGAUACUAAUUUGGAUGUUAUUGUCUAAGACCGGGCUAACAGUUUGUGAGGUGUGUGCGCCAUACGGCGAAUGGGGAUUAAAGUCUGGUUAAGAGCGGGGCAUGCGAGCUAGUAUCAAGUUCUUCUGACUAGCUUGCUAGGCAAUCCCGUUUAUGUAGCUCAUUCCAUGUGACAGAACAGGAUGCUGGGCUUUCGCAGUGCGAUUCUCAGGGCAGGAGCUCUGUCCUCUGCCGCCACCUGCAACAAUGCUGCAGCAGUAGCAGCAGCUUCAUCACGCUGCUACGCCACUAAGACUAACUAUGGACCACUGAGUGAUGAAGACAGAAUAUUCACCAACUUGUAUGGACGUCAUGACUGGAGGCUGAAGGGGGCGCUGAGUCGCGGCGACUGGUACAAGACCAAGGAGAUCCUGCUGAAGGGCCACGACUGGAUCCUCAACGAGGUCAAGGUGUCAGGGCUCCGGGGCCGUGGCGGAGCUGGCUUCCCCACCGGCAUGAAGUGGAGCUUCAUGAACAAGCCCAGCGACGGCAGGCCUAAGUACCUGGUGGUGAAUGCGGAUGAGGGAGAGCCGGGUACUUGCAAGGACCGCGAGAUCAUGCGUCACGACCCCCAUAAGCUGAUCGAGGGCUGCCUGGUGGCCGGGAAGGCCAUGGGGGCGCGAGCCGCCUACAUCUACAUACGCGGAGAGUUCUAUAACGAGUCAUCCAACCUGCAGGUGGCGAUAGUUGAGGCCUACAAGGCAGGGCUGAUAGGGAAGAACGCGUGUGGCUCUGGGUUUGACUUUGACGUGUACGUGAUGCGCGGGGCCGGAGCGUACAUCUGUGGCGAGGAGACGGCCCUCAUCGAGUCCAUCGAGGGCAAACAGGGCAAGCCACGCCUCAAACCGCCCUUCCCAGCAGACAUAGGAGUGUUUGGCUGCCCUACGACGGUUGCCAACGUGGAGACGGUUGCCGUGGCGCCCUCCAUCUGUCGUCGAGGUGGCACGUGGUUCGCCGGCUUUGGGCGCGACAGGAACUCGGGCACCAAGCUAUUCAACAUCUCAGGUCACGUGAACACCCCCUGCACUGUGGAGGAGGAGAUGUCCAUCUCAAUGAAGGAACUCAUCGAGAGACACGCAGGUGGGGUGCGAGGUGGGUGGGACAACUUGCUGGGCGUGAUCCCGGGGGGCUCGUCCACUCCCAUAAUCCCCCUCUCCGUGUGUAGCGACGUGCUGAUGGACUUUGACGACCUGGUGCGGGCCGAGACCGCCCUGGGAACCGCAGCCCUCAUCGUCAUGGACAAAUCGGCUGAUGUGAUCAGGGGCAUUGCCCGCCUUAUUGAGUUCUACAAACACGAGAGCUGUGGCCAGUGCACCCCCUGCAGGGAAGGUGUGGACUGGAUGAACCAGAUGAUGUGGCGCUUUGUGAAGGGAGACGCCCGUAACUCUGAGAUCGACAUGAUCUGGGAGCUCAGCAAGCAGAUCGAGGGCCACACCAUCUGCGCCCUGGGAGACGGAGCCGCCUGGCCAGUACAGGGUCUGAUCAGACACUUUAGGCCGGUGAUGGAGGAGCGCAUGGCCCAGUUCAGAGCUGCAGAGCCAGAGGCGGCCGAGCAGAGGAGACAGAUUACUGUCUAACGCUUAUGUGAUGCAAUAUACUGCAUUUAGAGUACUACUGUUAUGCCAUCUACUGUAGUACAAUACUGCUGUAAUGAACCCUACUGUAUUUACAAUACUACUGCAACUCAGUACAAUUGUACUGCAAUAAUACUUUACUUCAGCAGUACUUCUGCUCUCCACACACGCACAAGCUCACAUGUCCUUAUUUCUGUUUAGAUCAUUAUUAAAUAAAUUAAUAGCAAAUGAAAUAGUAGAGUUAUGUCUAAAUUACAGGAACUGAAAUGUAUUGAACUCCUCUCUGUGUGGUUUAUUUUUUGAAGGCUUCUAAUAUUACCUACUUACGAUGUUUAUUUUUGAUGACUAUUACCAUUAUAAUUAAAAACCUGUGUAAAAAGGGA